CCAUGGCCAAGUCCAAGAACCACACCACACACAACCAGUCCCGGAAAUGGCACAGAAAUGGCAUCAAGAAACCCCGGUCACAAAGAUACGAAUCUCUCAAGGGGGUCGACCCCAAGUUCCUGAGGAACAUGCGUUUUGCCAAGAAGCACAACAAGAAAGGCCUGAAGAAGAUGCAGGCAAAUAACGCAAAGGCCGCGAGUGCACGUGCGGAGGCCAUCAAGGCCCUGGUGAAGCCCCAGGUGGUGAAGCCCAAGGUGCCAAAGGGCCCCAGCCGCAAACUCACCCGUCUCGCUUUCAUCGCUCACCCCAAGCUUGGGAAGCGGAUUAGAAGCUACAUGGCCAGGGGUCGUAGGCUCCAAAAAACAAAGCCCAAGGUUCAAGCCAAGGCAGCUCAGGCUCCCAAAGGUGCCCAGGCCCCAGUGAAGGCCCCAUAA